UUAUUGAUCAGUUUACAAAGGGGCAGUACUCAACAAGAUUUUAGACUGAAAGAAGGCUGCACACAUUUGUAAGCAUUACUGCAAUUAUUAGCUAAAGCACCAUAAUCCAUAUAAUCCAACCAUGCCAAGAUCACACUGGUUUGUUUUGCAACAAGUAUUAUUGUGCAUGUUCUGUUCUGUUGCAUUAUUUGCUUACUACUGGCAUUUGAGGAACCAUACACUACACACUAUCCACAUUUCUAACAAAUUUUUCAGCUUUGCAGUUUGUAUGGUUCAUUCUAUCCACUUCAACCUGCUAAUGUUGCCUUUGGGUUUACAAUUUGUCACAGAGAGCUUCUUUCACCUGCAAGUUAUGUCCGAGCUUCGAAAUUGGGCAGACCUCCCAGAUGGCUUGCUGCACACAUCAUUUCUUUGUUGGGCUCGUUCCGUGACCUUCUUGCCUUUGCAGCCACCUGCCACCCGUGGCGCUCCGCCUUCUCCUCUCACCCAUCCAAAUCUAUCUUGUACACACUCUUCCCACCUCUUCUCCUCCAGCCUAAUGUCCCUUUCUGCUCCCCUCGCCCUUUACCAAAUGUUGCCAGAAACACUUUUAUACCCAAACGGCCAUGUUAUGUCGCUGAUUUAGCCAGCCAAGACAAGUCACUUCUUUCUCAGAUUCCUGUGCUUUCUAUUGAUUAUGGAAACAACUGCCCACCAAGUGCUUUGGAUAAAUUUGCCUUUCGGGGUGCUUCCUUUGGCCAUAUGAUCUUCUCCAGCAACAGAUCCUGUUUUCUUAUUGAUGUGUUCACUGGUAUUGAUGUUUCACCUCCACUACUGCCUAUUGAUCAGUACACUGAGAUCUACUACGGUGCUGCCCUCACAGCUCCACUAGCAUCUCCAAACUCACAUCUCAUUGUCUCCAUUGGGUCGUCCAACUUCUUUUGGCGUGUUGGUAGUAACUUUUGGUUGAAACGCUCUCCUCGCAAUGGAACACUCACUAAAUUUGUAGGCUUCAAAGGCCAGGUCUUUGGCAUGGGUUCUGAUCGUAGGCUGUUCAUGGUGCACUUGACGCCCCGGAUCCACUUAGAGAAAAUACCAGUUUCCUGGGGUGGGAGAAAUAGCAUGACUAAAUGGCAUCUUAGCACCGCUUGGCUGGUGGCAUGCGGCCACAUGCUUCUCAUGAUCGGCUGCCAAAGUUGUUAUCCAGGAACAGGAAGUGUCUUUGAAGCCUACCGUCUUGACACUUCAACUGAACCUGCAAAGUGGGUGAAAGUGGAAAAGUUGGAGAAUUGGGCGAUAUUCAUCAGCAACGACAAGAGAGUCCAGCCACUAUCAUGCAUGAACCCAGAGAGAUGGGGAGGGAGGAGCAACUGUGUAUACUGCUAUGAUUUUGGCCAUUGGGUUGUGUUUGAGUUCGGCAAAAGCAAACCGCUGCAUGGAGAUGACGCCAAACCUGAUGUCUUUAUUUUCAUAUGUUGUGGCAGCAUGGUGCAACCUAUAUGGCUUGUCCCCAGUAUGUUUUCUUUUUGUUCUUGACGGUUGAUGAUUCCGCUGUGAGAAGUUUCAAUAGACUUGUCUAAACUGUUGGAACUUGGAUAUGUUGAAUUAUGUUGUGGUUUCUCUAAGAUUUAAUUGGAGUAUGAUGACUUUGUGCUUUAUAUCUUGACCCAGCAUUCA